GCUCUUCCUUUAUUAUUUUUCAUCCAUCCAUGUCAAUCAUUCAACAAAAUUCUCUUUGCGUUGUUAAUGAAUGCAUCGAACGAUCAAACUUUUUGUUAACAAUUUUGUUAUUUUUCUCUUCACAGUCACAGUACCUGGCUCGUCACCGCCUCAAAGACCAUGGAUACCUCUCGCUAGACCCAACCGCACAAGGCCAGCAUGCAUAUUCACAGUGAUGUGCUAUAACGUUUUAUGCGAUAAAUAUGCAACCAGACAGAUGUACGGCUACUGUCCAAGCUGGGCUUUAACGUGGGAAUAUCGGAAGAAGGCAAUUUUGGAUGAGAUUCGUCACUAUUCAGCUGAUAUUAUAAGCCUCCAAGAGGUGGAGACUGACCAGUUUUACAAUUUCUUUAAACCUGAACUCAAGAAUGAUGGCUAUGAGGGAAUCUUCUCGCCAAAAUCACGAGCUAAGACAAUGUCGGAGAAUGAUCGAAAAUAUGUCGAUGGAUGCGCAAUUUUCUUCAGAGCAAACAAAUUCUCACUGAUCAAAGAACAUUUGGUUGAAUUCAAUCAAUUGGCGAUGGCGAAUGCCGAAGGCUCAGACAACAUGCUGAAUCGUGUGAUGCCAAAGGACAAUAUCGGCCUUGCUGCGCUUUUAAAAGUAAAAGAAAAUGCUUGGGAUGGUUUAUCAUCGGAACAAGCCGCGAUAUCACAACCAAUUCUCGUCUGCACAGCUCACAUUCAUUGGGAUCCUGAAUUCUGUGACGUGAAAUUGAUUCAGACAAUGAUGUUGAGUAAUGAAUUGAAAACAAUUCUUGACGAUGCCAGUCACAGUUUUCGACCGGGACAAAAGAUCGACACGAACAAUGUUCAACUUUUGUUAUGUGGCGAUUUUAAUUCACUACCUGAUUCUGGCGUGAUUGAGUUUCUCAGCUCUGGGCGGGUGUCAAUGGAUCAUCCCGACUUUAAAGAACUCGGCUACAAAUCAUGUCUGCAGAAAAUCUCCAAUUGUGAUACGCCUAAUGAAUUUACCCAUUCCUUCAAGCUCGCAUCCGCUUACAGCGAAAACAUCAUGCCCUACACGAACUUCACAUUCGAUUUUAAAGGUAUUAUCGACUACAUUUUCUAUUCGAAGCAAGGUAUGGUACCUUUGGGAUUACUCGGUCCACUUUCGUCCGAUUGGUUGCGUCAAAACAAAGUCGUCGGUUGUCCACAUCCAAGAAUACCGAGCGAUCAUUUUCCCCUUCUUGUCGAGAUUGAACUCAUUCAUGUGACAACAAAUGGCGGAUCUCAAGCUCAAAAUGGGCUGAUUACUCGGAGAUAGUCGACAGAAUCAAAAAUCUAUUUAGAUGAUCUUUCGAUAAGCGCAAAAGGGCAGUAAUUGACAUUUUUUUCUGAAGCAGUGGAAAAAAAAUAAAUGCAACAAAACAAAUGAAAAAAAAACCUAAAAUGAUUCAAAAAUUCGUUAAGCAGACAAAAAAAUAUUUUCUGCUUUCCUUUUUUCCUAUUUCUUUUUCUCUUAAGAUAAAUUCGGACGACUUUAGUUAUUUUAAGUCGCAAAAGAUUCUCUUCAUUAAAGAUUUCUUAAUUUCUUCAUCGACAGUUUGAUUUUUGUUCAUAAAUAACGUAAAAAUUUUCUGCAUUUUACCACAAACCUUAUAGGAAUGAGGUGAAUGCAGAUAUGGAGAAAGAAGAAAGCAAAAUUUGGAAAUGUUUAUGAUUGAUAAUAAUUAUUUUCCGUUUAUUUUAAUAAAAUGUAGAUAAUAAACUUCUGUAGCUUGAGAUUUAUAAAAUAACAUGAGUUUUUGUAGAAAAUAAUUUUUAACCGAGAGAUGGAAGAAGAAAAUGAUUUUUUGAGUUUGAAACAAUCAAACACUUAAAGAUUUUUAAGCUCAAUAUAAUUGGGAGAAUGUAAGCUGAAGAUAAUCGGAAAGUGGCCAAUAAACAUUAAAGUGAGAGAUGGAGAAAUUUGAUCGAAUUUCUUUUCUUUUAAUGCAAUUAAAUUGCAUGUCUACAUAUGGUCUAAUAUCGAAUUUCGAAAAGGGAAAAUUGAGAUUAAUUCUUAUUAAAUUUAAUAAAUUUCCCGCAUUCAAUUCAAUAUUUUACCAUUUGUAAGUACAAAAAGAAAAGAAAUGACAAAACUCACAUUUAAAUAUCCUCCUUCCAUUUCUUUAAAAAAACAUUGAUCUUUAUAAUUAAAAUAUUUAUGUUGUGAUGAAAAAUAAUGAAAAUUCUUGAAAGUUUCAGAAGCUUUAGAAUUCCUUUUCUCCUAAUUUGCUAUAAACCCACCAUGAAAGAUUCUAAGUAAUCAUUGUAUACAUUUUGAAUCUUCGGUUCGAAUUGCGUGCAACAUACUUUUUAUGCUUCAUCGUUAUAAAAUCAUUAAUUAAAGCAUAAAUUAUCUCUUUCCUUUCUUUCCCCUUUUCAUUUUAAAUUAAUAAAACCUACAUGCAUAAAAAUACAUAAAUAAGUAAGAAGAACCCUCGAAAAGAAAUAUUUUUAAAGUCUAGAUAUUAAGAUAUCGAUGUAAGUGUUGUGAAUGUGUGUACGUAUGUGACUUUGUGCAAUUAGUUUCGGUUGGAUGAAAAAGUUUCUUCUGUUCUUACGCAAAAGAGAGAAAAAGAAAAGAUUUCAAUGCUGGAAGAAAAAGGAAACUUUUUUUUAAUUAAUAUUUUGCAAAGCAUUUUAACAACCUCUACUUAAAUGAAUAAUAAAUAAAUAUAAUAAUCGUGAGUGAACAGUGAACGAGUGUAGAAUUAAAACUAUUAAUGUAUAAGACAAAUAAUGAACUGACGACGUCACUGAUUUAGUUUUACUUUAACGUGCAGCAAAUGCGAUGACGCCUUUCUUAAUAUGAUUUUCACAACAAAAUUUCAUCAAAAAGAACAAAGUACAAAGCCAGAUCAUUGAGGGGAAAACUUUUGUAGAUAAAAAUUAAAACUAAAUAAAAGAAGAAUCAAAAAAAAAAAAUUCAUUGAUGACACCACUGGAAACAAUCUUGAAAGAUUUUAACACUCAUUCGAUCGUUGUUCAGUCAUCAUCAUUCACAAAACUCUCACUGAAUGUCAAUCAAUAUCUUUCAAAAUUGAUUCCCUUUCUUAAAUAAAAGAAAAACCACCUGAAUAAAUAAAAAUUAUUUUGGAACGCAAACAAAACAUAAAAGAAAACUAAACGAAACUUUAAAUACAAACGACAACACAUCAGCAGAUUAAAGAUUUUUAGUUUUAAUAUCAUUAAAUCAUUUCAGUAAAUAUUCUACCUAGUAUCUAAGUCGUUGGAAUGUAAUUAGCAUUGUCACUUUUUCUUUCACACUUUUCAUUACUUUUCAUCGCAAUCUUGUGAGAUUUUCAAGGGAUUUUAAUGACAGAGAGAAAAAAAAGAGACACGGAAAAAUAAAAUGAAGAACUUGAAGAAUCAUUUGAAAC